UCCAAGAGAAACAACUCAAACUCAUUUCGAGCUAGUUGUGCGUUGUUUGUUAACACGGCGAGUCGUCGAAAUUAUAGUUCAUUAUUGUUAAUUGUUCAUCGCAGCGGCACCAUGCACGAUACUAUAUUAAAUCAGCUGGAUCGCGACGGGUUCGCGGUGGUCGAGGGGUUCCUGCGCGACGCGGAGUGUGAGGAGCUGGUCGCCGCCGGCCUGGAGCUCACGCGCCGUCUGCCCGAUACACCGCCCACGGUCUUCUCCACCACUCAACCCGAACACGAGCAUUUAAAGGGCAAGUACUUUAUGGAAAGCAACGAUAAAAUCAGCUAUUUCUACGAGAAAGAUGCUCUCGACGCCGAUGGAAAGCUUCAAGUUGACCCAAGCAUUUCAUUAAAUAAGGUGGGGCACGCUCUGCACCUGCUGCAUCCCAUCUUCCGCUGCUACACGUACAGCGACCGAGUGAAGGCGCUGUGCCGCGCGCUGCACCUGGCCGAGCCGGCCGUUGUGCAAAGCAUGUACAUCUACAAGAACCCGGGAGUCGGAGGCGAGGUGGUUCCGCAUCAAGAUAUAUCAUAUUUACAUACAGAGCCAAUUUCACCAAUAGGGUUUUGGAUAGCUCUAGAAGACGCAACUAUUCAAAACGGUUGCCUUUGGAUGGCUCGUGGGUCCCACAAGUCGGGUGUCCACAGACGGAUGCUCCGCAGUCCUGGUGAUAGAAACAAAUGUAUCUAUGACAAGCCCGCGCCCGUCUACCCGGAGUCGAGCUUCACCCCCGUCCCAGUCAGUAAAGGGACGUGCAUAUUAAUCCAUGGGAACGUGGUACACCGCAGCGCGGCGAAUCGCAGCGCGGCUAGCCGGCCCGCCUACACCUUCCACGUGGUCGAGAAGAAGGACAACAACUACUCCGAGGACAACUGGCUACAAGAAGGAGAGAAUGCCCCCUUUUUGAAUAUUUACACGACAUCUCAGAUGCUAUAAUGUUAUAGGUACUAUUGCUAUGACCGUUAAGACGAAGGGGAACGACGUUACGUGAUAGCUAUUGCAUACCAACUUAGAUCCCAGUUUUCUCUCUGGAAAUGUAUGUUCUAGACAAUAUUUUUACUAAAAUAGAUGCAUAUUAACCCUUUCGUUUCAAUUUUUAUAAGGUUAAAAAAAUACGACAUGUAUAUAAAACAAUUUAAAAAAGUCAAACGAAGGGACAUAGCUAUGGUUAAUAUACGAUAAAUUGUGUAAAAAUAUUUUUUAAUACAGUUGCUCAAAAAGUGCUACUUUUCGUGGCUGUUUAGCGUGCGGAAAGUUGGUUUUCGCGAACUAGUGCUUUUUACUUUUCCAAUUUUUUUAAAUUUUAACUUGUUCCAAUUCAUGACUACUUAUUGAUGAGUGUUAAUAUUAGUUUCCUUUAAACGUCGUAAUCAACAUAAAAACCUACUGUUAAUGUAAGAAUACGAAAAAUAUGCAUAUUUCAUAUUUUAUUACUUACCUCUUCAUCAUUAUAAGUAUUAUAACACGUUUAUUUUUUAAUGUUGAAAAACCGUUCUUAUAAAGUUGUCUGAAUGGAACGGAACGCCUGUCAAAGAAGAGGCGUAUUUUCUUACUACAAGAAUGUUUUAAGUUUUCAAAGGCAACAUUCGAUAUUGUUUUUAUAAAUAUACGAUACACAAAUAAUCGUAAAUAACGAUAUUUAGGUAAUAAUAGUACAAUGUUUUAAUAUUUACAAUUGUUUCUGUCUUAUAGAACAUGCAUUUGAAAAAAAAACUUACAUUGAAGUGGGUUCAAUAAUAAUAGCAAAAUCUAUUCUAGUCGAAUAAAAGCUAGAAAAACACCUCUUCAUAAUGUCAAUGUCAAUGAUGUCACUGAUGUCAGUGUCACAGAAUUAAUAAUAUAAAAGUUUCGAAUUCCAUUCCUUACUUGUUGCUUUUCUUAUUUUUUCGCAACUGUAUUAAAAAACGUCGUUCGAUACACGUGCGGAUAUGUCAUUCUUCACUCGUCCCGAGUCUUGCCACUCGCCUACGGCUCGUGGCAAGAUAUCUCAGUACUCGUGAAGUAAUGACAUACUUUCCGCACUAGCAUCGAAAUGUACUAUUCCCUAAUGUCAAUAUCCGAGGAGGAAAAUCGGGACUACGUUUGUAUGAAGAAGCGGUGGUCCACUAUCCUCUUAAAGACACAAUACUUACUUAUUUGGGUGAAUCAGCUUUUAUUACUCGUUGCCAAGGGCACGUUCGGCCCUUUCCCCUUCGGGCCGUUCCCCUGCGCCACUCUUAAAACCCUGAUUUUUCAUUAAAAAAAAUACCAAAUGUGCAUUUUAGAGGUCGUUAGGUAUAAGCCAUUUCAAUACAAACAACAUAAGAUAAACCUGUGUGACACUUAUUGUCCCCCGGAAAAACGGGACAGAAAAACAUUUAGUGAUACAUACAUAUACUCUAGAUUAGGUUUGUGAAUUCAUUAAUUAAAAAUAGCAUAUCUACCUACCGGUGCUAUCUUAUUUAAGUAAGUUAAUCUGAUGUUUCAUACCUGCUUUAAUUGAACCAAGAUUGUAACCGAACCAAAACAUCUGACAUAAUUAUAGAAACCGUGCGUGUUGGAAGGUCUGCCAUCUAGUGGCUUAAAUCUAAAACUGGAAACUUGACAUAAAGCUUCGCGCCAAUGAAUAGACUUCUGUGCUGCCGACGCUGCCGUGCUGCCGUCUACAGUUCAUGCACGCUCCCUGUAAGAUAUCGAUUGUCCUAAUUUAUGCUGAAAUAGUACGAAUUUGUAGAUAAUGUGGGGCUGAGUGAAUGUCACUAGAGAAUACAUGUAUAACGCAUUGCUUUUUAUCCCUGAAGAUAUAUCUCAUUUUAUUAAACACCUAAAUUAUCAAUGAUGCAGAAUUUUAUUCAUGUUUACUUUACCAAUGAUAUACUUAUUACACUAACUACCUAAUUAUAACAUAGUUCCAAGGUGAAUGUACCAAAAGUUUAUAAUUAUUACGUCGAGUAAUAAUACAUAGUGAUGUCAUUGUGAUAAUAUCGAUAAUAAACAUCUAAUAACAAAA